GUCCUCAAGUCAGAGACAGACACCAAGAUCUUAACUGUACACACAGGAUCUGACCACAGAUCAGACCCAGAGAGACUAGGGCUGGGGAGACUGGGCUGUCGUCCUGCUCCCAGCUCAGAGUAUUUACCGGUAUUUCACCAGAGGACGGUUUAUUCCUGUGGGGAUGGUGAUGGUGACGCAUUCGACACUGGCGGGGAUGAUCCGUCUUGUUCUUACGCUACAGAGAUGGAACCAGGCAACAUAUCCUUGGGUUUAGAGACACAAACUGAUCUGUCUAGAGGGGACUGGAACCGGUACAGUAGUAGUGUAUACUCUGAAGGGUGCCUAGAUAAGAAAGGGGAGGUUAUAGUGGUAGAUGAGGUGAAAGUGGAGGGUGACGUUCCUCCCACAUGGAAUGCAGAUCGUCACCUAGGAGACAGACACUCACAGGGCAGAGAUUUCUUAGAUUACAGGGAAAGGUUAGAGACAGAUCCAAAUGUCGCCACCCACUCCAUUUUACACACGUUCAGGGAUUGUGAUCCAGAGUCCACAUCGAUGGGGCAUUCCGAUUCACACGGCCUCGUCCUUUUCGAUCAGGUAUUGAACUCAAACGACAGGGCUAGAGCUCAGGGAGGGGGAGACACAUCAGGCAAUAGUAAAGAGAAACGGUUCCUCUGCAUGUUCUGUAACAAAGGCUUCAGCUGCCCCCAGAAGGUGGAGAUCCAUCAGAGGGUCCACACAGGGGAGAAACCAUUCAGCUGCCCCCAGUGUCACAUGUGCUUCGCCCAGGCCUGCAGCCUGAAGAGGCACCAGAGGGUCCACACAGGGGAGAAACCCUACAGCUGCCCCCAGUGUGAGAAGAGGUUCUCUCGCCAGCACCAGCUGAAGACUCACCUGAAGGUCCACACGGGUGAAAGGCCAUUUGCCUGUACGCACUGCGGGAAGAGGUUCUCAGAGAGAAGAUGCCUAAGGAUACACCAGCAGAAAAACCAUUCCACUCUAUAACAUAGAAAGCAACCAUUCCACUCGAUGGCUUCUGAUGUUUAGAUUUAACCCUGCAUUAAAGGUAGACUCAGCGAGAUGAUGAAAAGCACAAAGUAAAAACAGCAGUAAUGGGUCAAUUUCCGCAACAAGAACGUUGAAGCGAGAGGCUAAACUUCUCUGUGGUUUUGGUCCCGCAGCUGUGCGCAUGCGCAGGCACUCUUUGUGACUAGGUGAGACCAAAGUCUUGCAUCGCACUCAUCGCACUCAUCGCAAUAUCUGUGGUGCUGCUCCUGGAAACCUCAUAAUACUGAGUCUUCCUUUAAAGACGAAGGUUUAUUUUCAUUGUUGUCAGCAGAAAAGAUCCACAGAUGCAUUUGGAAUAACGAGAGUAAAAGAUUUCAGUGUUGAAUAUUCCUGAGUAAAAUAUUGCUUGCAGACAUUGUGUGAUAAUAAGCAUAAAAAGUCUAUUACAUAUUGUGUUGGUACUGUGUAGGCUAUAUGAUGUUAGGAAAUGCCUAUUACAUUACUUCCAUUCAACUACUAUUUUUUUCCCAAGACACUUUUAAUGAGAAAAUGAAUGCAUCAUUUUAGUUAAGACGUAUUUGUGGUUUUCAUAUGAUGUAUUUAAAACUUGUUUAAUAAACACAAAAUGGGACUUUUCA